CUCUAAUGACGUUGUCCGCGUUGACGAGUACCAAAACGAAAAACGUCUGACGUAUAUUUCCCAUUCGGUUAAUCAUCGAUUUGUAUAAAAAAGAUUAUUUUUAUUACAUCAACUAGUAUUUAAACCAUAAGUUUGUGAGUAACACACCAUGGGUUUAACAAUUUCUAGUGUCUUCACAAGGCUAUUUGGGAAAAAACAAAUGCGUAUCCUAAUGGUUGGACUCGAUGCCGCUGGCAAAACCACAAUACUUUACAAACUAAAACUUGGUGAAAUAGUGACCACUAUUCCGACCAUCGGUUUCAAUGUGGAGACAGUGGAGUAUAAAAACAUUAGUUUCACGGUUUGGGAUGUCGGCGGCCAGGACAAGAUCAGGCCUCUGUGGCGUCACUACUACCAGAACACGCAAGGACUGAUAUUUGUUGUUGAUUCAAGUGAUACCAAGCGAAUAGCAGAGGCAGAAAACGAACUUGCUAAUAUGCUCAAAGAGGAUGAACUCCGAGAUGCAGUUAUUCUAGUGUUUGCCAACAAACAAGACAUGCCUAACGCAAUGACAGCAGCAGAACUUACAAAUGCUUUAAAUCUGAACAACAUGAGGAACCGACGCUGGUACAUCCAAGCAACCUGCGCCACGCAAGGUCAAGGGCUCUACGAAGGUCUAGACUGGCUCUCAAAUGAACUGGCAAAAAAGUGAGACCUAACUAUGGAAAAGGGAAAAGACCAUCAAAUUAUCCCAAGAAGGCGCGUCAAUCUUCCAUAUUGUGACUAUUGUUCAGACUUAAUAAAAUUGAGACAAUUUUUUUUAAUGUAAUUUAAAUGUAUUUAUUUAAAUGAUUAUCAAGUAAGCUCUUGUUUCCUAGGAUAGCAGCAGUCACAUCGCGGUUGCUAUAUAGUUCAUCGAUGUUACUAAAACACCCCUUGAUACAGGAUGGUUUAUUACAAAGCAUUUUUUUGACCAAAUCAAUGUCAAACAACUGUGCCAUCAAAGCGACGACCGCUAUGUGACGGCUGUCUUAGCAAACUGGAGCUUAAGUGGCAGUUAUCUAUUAUAAACUUUUUAUAUCAAUUUUAUUGUUUCCAUAGAUAUAAACAAAUAUAUACCUACAAUUUUGAUUUAAAGAAUACUGAAUACAGAAACAUUUAAAACUAAGGUUAAAAAAAAUUAAAGUUAAAGACGCCUUAAUUUUUUUUAUGUGUUUUGGCAUAAUAGACUAAAACUAGCAAACCAAGUAAAACACACUCAGUAAUCCAAACAUUUGAAAGAGGCUAAUCUAUAUUUAGCAAUAGCAUCCAGGUGUAGGGAAUGAUUUAUACUUCAGCACGGGUAGGGCCGUGUCCCGUCCGGGCAAUACGGAUGAUGACUCCUAGUCAAAUCAGUGACUUUUUAUCAAAAGUCAAAACGCUCGCUUAGUAAGGGAACUUGUACGAAAUUCACAGAUGUGACGUCAUAGACAUUUGACGUACUUUUUUAGUUCAAUCGAUAAUCUAGAAUAGUUAGCAAACUGAAAACUAACAGCGGAUGUGGAUCUUACGAAUUUUGGAAGAUCCUCUAUUUAAUAAUUCCUAAGAAAUAAUUUAUUUUUGACAUAGGCAUCAUCCCAAUUGUCAAUACAUUUGCGUCGGACGGGGUAUGGGCAUUGUUACUUGCAACUACUAUUCAAACAAUUCUCUGUGCCUCGUCUGGGCAUUGGCCCGAUAUAUAUUAAUUCCAUCCUGUAUGUAUUUCGUUGUAUUAUACUAUUUUGCUCGCGAGAUAGUAUGAGAUAAAGAAAAUUUUAGAAUAUUCCCUUUAGAGUGGAGGGGUUCUAUCGAUAAAACUUGAACUAACAUGGUCUAAAAAUCAUGUUUUCCCUUUCCACAGCAACAUAGUGUAAAGUAUCAUACUUUUUAUAUGUCUCUAUUCCCCAGGUUAAGAGUUUAGGCCCCAAUAUUCAUAUUUCUAUUGUUAUUCAAUAUCUGAAAAUUAAGUCUUAUGUAUAUUGGAAAAUAAUAUAAUUGCUAUAUAAUAUUGCUGCCAUUCCAAAAUUAUUUAUAUGGUUGUAUAAUUAUUUUGUUUGUAUAAAAAAAUGCUAACUACUAAUUUUUUUUUACUAUAAUUUUAAAAUUGGCUUACAAUAAAGAUGCAACAAACUACAGAGAGGUGAUGGGUCGUGAUCUCGGCUAAUAACCUUGCGACAUACCAGAACACAGUUUUAUAAGAAGUUUGUAAGCAAAAAGUCGAAUUGUGUGUUGAACCAAAUGUAUGCAUUUAUUUUCAUACACACUCGUGUGAUGUGGAAAGUAUAAUGUGUUUCUUAUUAUUUAGGGUUUCUUACGAUAUGAAACAUUAUUAAUAUCAUAUUAU